AUGAGCGCCAUCGAAGCCGCUGCGGCGGCCGCGGCCGUCGACGAGGCCAUCGCCAGCGAUUCCGAGGACGAGCUACCUCCUCUGAAAGACGAGCCGCCCUACCCAUACUUUGUUCUCAAGCAAGAUGUCGAGAUCGAGGUCAAUUUUCGAGCGAAGCGGAUCGAAGGAAAAUCCCACAUCACAUUUGGCCUGGUAUCCGGCGCCAUUACUCAGCUCGACGAGCUCGCCAUUGAUGCGCGGCAAUCCGACAUCGACGUCGACAACAUUACGAUCACUGCCCUCAAGGACCAAAUGCCCAUCGCCCCGCCGAGAAAAGUUUCAGCUACGUACACGGAUCCGUAUAAGCUAUUGGAUUACCCGGAGUACUACAACUGGAACGCUUCGCAUCAUGACCUUAGGAAGAUCCGGAUGCGCCCCCUCAUGCACACCCGACGGAACGAUGUGCCUGCCGAGAAUAGAGAGCUCGUUGGUUGUACGCCCGUCGACGGCGCUUUGCGUGUUAAUCUGCGAGAGGCGAAGAAGAUCAAGGACACUAAGGAAGUCAAGGAGGAACCGGCAUCAGGAGCGGGAGUGGCUAAACGACCGCUUCUCAAGAUACGCGUCUCAAGCGUGACACCGAACGAACUGCUGGAAAGCGAGCUGAUCGGCUCGCGAGAGUUUCGAGUUACGAUACCUUUCAAGACCAAACUCGUGAGGGAUGGCUUCCAGUUCGUUGGAGUCGAUCCUGGCGAUCUCAGAUACCCACACGCCUACACUCGGCAUUCAAUUGAGCCAGGAACGGCAUCGUGCAUCUUCCCAUGCAUCGACGACCCUGGUCAGCUUCCUACCUGGACGAUGGCUGUCAAAUGUCCAAGGACGCUGGGUGAUGCACUCUGGCAGCCUCUGGCCACACAGAGAGCAAACGGCAACGCGAACAACCAUCGGGAUCGCGGGCUUGCAAACCAGUCCAAGACCGAGAGAGAUUUCGCUCUCACCGAGGAAGACAAGCUUCUGGAGAUGACGGUGGUGUGCUCGGGGACUCUUUCAGACGAGAUUGUAGACCCAGAGGACGAACGGAAGAAGAUCAUGACCUUUGACCUCGACAAGCGGGUCGCAGUCCAGAAAAUCGGCUUUGCGGUUGGUCCUUUCGAGCAUGUCGACCUCUUCUCAGACUUCCGUACGGAGGAGAACGACGAAAAACUUGGCGGAAGCGCUCUCAAGAUUCAUGGUUACUGUCUCCCCGGAAGAGCCGCGGAGGUUCAGAACACUUGCGCGGCGCUUGCUGCCGCCGCCGAUUUCUUCACUCUCACGUUUGCCCGGUUUCCUUUUGAAAGCUACAAGCUGUGCUUCCUCGAUGACAUGGUUGAGGACACCGUGGCUUUGCAGUCGCUUUCCUUCGCCAGCACUCGUCUAUUGUUCCCCGAGGACAUGAUCGACCCAGAAGUCGACGUCACAAGGCAGUUGGUGUACAGCUUGGCGUCGCAAUGGAGCGGAAUCAACCUUUUCCCCAACACUAGAAGAGAUCUCUGGGUCGUUAUCGGCAUCGCCUACUACAUGACUGAUCUCUUCUUGAAGAAGCUCUGCGGCAAUAACGACUACAGAUUCCGCAUGAAGACAAUGUCAGACAAGCUGGUAACGGUCGACAUCAAGCGGCCAUCGCUGCAUGAACUUGGUCAUCUCCUGCACAUCGGAGAUUUCGAAAUGGAGUUCAUGGCACUCAAGGCGCCUUUGGUGCUGUUCAUCCUGGAUAAGCGCCUGAUGAAGGCACCCGCCCAGACCAAUCUUACCCGCAUCAUCUCAAGAAUCCUUUACAAGGCCAACAUUGGGGAGAAGCAGAGUGAGUGGAUCAUCAACACGGAAUCCUUCCAGAGGGUCUGUGAGAAGAACGCUAGAAACAAGCUCGAGGCGUUUUGGGCCCAAUGGGUCUACGGUUCCGGAUGCCCCAGAUUCGACGUUUUCCAGCGGUUUAAUAAAAAGCGACUGUGCGUUGAAAUGACGAUUCGGCAAGUCCAAGACAAGGCUCUCAGCGAAGCGGAGGUUCUGAAAAAGACUGAGUUCCUUCGCGCCAUCAAGGAGAGGGCCAACGGUGUCCAAGUGGAUGCAGCGAUGGGUCUCUUCACAGGGCCUAUGACGAUCAGAAUCCACGAAGCCGAUGGCACGCCCUACGAACACAUAGUAGAAAUUCGCGAGGAUGCUGCGAAGGCGGCCAAGUUCGAGAUCCCGUACAACACCAAGUACAAGCGUCUAAAGCGGAAGAGGAGGGCAACGGAGAAGCUUAGCGCGCAGUCUGCUGCGGAUCCCGAUAACAAUGAGGAGGCGCUUUUGUACUGCCUGGGUGACGUUCUGACAAACCCAGAAGACAUGAGGAAAUGGGAAUUCUCCGAGUGGGAGCCCGAUAUCGAGAAGGCCAUGGACCAAGAGUCUUACGAGUGGAUCCGAAUGGACGCCGAUUUCGAAUGGGCCUGCGAAAUGAAGACGAAUCUUCAGAGCUACAUGUACGUCUCUCAGCUCCAGCAAGACAGGGACGUCGUGGCACAGCAGGACUCGAUGCUGUAUUUGAAGAAGAGCCCGCCCCACCCUCUCGUUUCGACGUUUCUCACGAGAACGCUUGUCGAUCGUCGAUACUUCCACGGCAUCAGAACCAUGGCUGCCGAGAUGCUGUAUCAUCACGCCACCGAAAAAGUCGCCAUGGCAGGCAUGACCCACCUCAUGAAGGCUUUUACAGAGCUCUUCUGCUACCCAGACUCCGCGACUCCUCGGCCGAACGACUUUUCAGACAAGAAGCAGUAUCUUGUGCAAAGCGCACUCCCCAUGGCCAUAGCCAAGGUCCGGGAUUCCAACGGUAGAUGUCCCGAGCCUGCCCGACGACUACUCUUGAACCAGGUUCAGUUCAACAACAAUGCCAACAACCCGUACUCGGACCAUUUCUACGUUGCGAAGCUUCUCGAGGCUCUAGCACAUAGUCUGAUCCCAGAGAAACGACGGGACACAGGUGAUGCCAUGGACUUGGACACAUCUGUUGAAGAGAGAAGCUUCCUGGGGGAGGCCAUUGUCGAAAUCGACCGCUUCCGUAGGAUGGACGAGUGGGCUAACUCGUAUCAAAACAUAUGGACGACUACUGCGCUCGAGUGCAGACGGAAGCUCAUGAAGGCUGGCGUUAUUCCGAGAAGCGCACUGGACUUCAUCCAGUACCUGCAGGAUGACACGUGCGAUCUCGUGCGCAUCAAGGCUUUCGAGGCUCUUGUGGAUCUUGGCUACAUGAUGGAAGUGCCCAUCUUCCGCCUGAUCGUCUCUGUGAUGAGCACCGACAGGUCCCCGUUCGUGCGAGACAAGCUCCUGAAGAUCUUCUGCACGGGUUUGGCAAGCCUCGCAUUCGGCGAGCAAUCCCGGGCGAAGCCUGCCCCUGUGGCUGCCGACAGUGGUGAGCUUACUAUUAUUAAUAACACCGAGGGUGAGACGCAAGAGCGGCGCAAGCAAUUUGCUAGGAAGCAAGACAUUAAUGUUGCACUUGCGGCCUUGCGAGCGGAGAUGGAGGAGCAAUACGCAGAACAAGAGAGGCUUUUGAUGAGAGCAGUCUGGAAGGCCCUUGACUCCAACGUGAUUGGCCGGGCCGAGAAGAUCACGCUCAUCGAGCUGUGCGGCACCAUGUUCGAUGCUGCUGACCGAUGGACGAUUACGAUGAAGUAUCCCAAGCGGUGGAGAGUCAAUCGUCCAGUCCAGCGUCAGCCAGGCAGGAACAUGAUCCACUUCAAGUCAUACUUCAAGACGGCAAUCCCUCAGAAGCUCAUUGAGAAGGAGCCUGAACCGCCGGUUCGACCGCCCGAACCCAAGCGUCUGAUUGUGAACAUGAAGAGUGGCGCCGCCAAACCCAACAAGACAGCGCCCCCCGCCGCCCCACGGCCUGUCUCUGCUGCCCCUCGCCCGUCCCCGGCACCGGCUGCGGCUGUGCAGUCCCCUGGCCCGUCUGCGGCGCCAUCCCCGAUUCCUCGCGAGGCAGACUCCAUCGUGGCACACUCAAGCGCCAAGGCGUCUACACCGAAACCCUCCAUCGCAAAGCCCUCUUCGUCCGCACUCAAGCCGCCGACUACGAAGCCUACCAUUACAAAGCCCACCGUCUCGAAGCCCGGAGUUGCGAAGCCUGGCGUCUCCAAGACUGUGGUGUCCUCGGGGUCAUCUUUGCAACAAAAUGGACGUUCAACUCCUCAGGCCACUCCUGAACCAGGUAGCAGCAGUAACAUUAAUAAGUUGCAGAAGAGACCUCGGCCUGACAAGGUCCCUGGAGUGGACGACGCAUCGCCGGUUCUCAAGAAGCCGAAGUUGAGCGUUCGGCCCGACGGCACUGUUGUGAAGAAACGGAGGAUGUUCCGGUUCAAGCACCCCAACCUCCGGCAGAUUCUCAAGAAGGCCGGCGUCAAGAAUAUGGGUCCCGUCAGAGACCCAUCCCAGCUGAAGAACCGCAAGCCCGGGCACCCGCUGAGCGCUCGCGCGUCUCCGGCUGGGUCUCCAGCUCCUCCACCGUCGGAGAGCAUCAAUGCGAAGCCAGCUCGGAAGCCCCUACCGGGUGGUCCCUCUGCGGCCAGCCCUUCACCCGGUCCGGCAUCACUGCCACCCAAGCCCCCGCCGCAGGCAUCUCCGCCGCCUGUUGAGGGCCAAGCCCCCAAGAAGGUCAAGCUCGUCAUUAAGAAGCCGUCCUCCUCGCUGUCAAAGUGA